AUGGUAGAGCCAAGACGACCAGUCGAAGGGGACCAGAUCCUGACCAUCACGCCGAAUUUGCACAGCUUCCUCAAGCGCCUACGCGAAGACGAGCGCGCAAAUGACUACACAGCGACGUACUGGGCUGUUCAAGUAUGCAUUAACCAGAAGGACGUACCUAAGCGAAACAGCCAGGUCGCCAUGAUGGCUUCGAUAUACCCAUCACUGCGCCAUCAAAUUAACACCUCAACCCGGUUCACGCGAGCUUGGGUUAUUCAGGAGGUCGCCCUGGCGGCGGACUGCACGGUCCGCGUCUCCAAAGAUGUGUUUCGAUGGGAAUCGAUGGAUCUAGCGAUCCUCGCAUUUGCAACGAUAACUAAGAAGAGGGAAGGAAUCCUGUCGGGGGCGCCAGUGCUCAAGACGACGGCCGCCGCUGCAAUCCGUCAUAUCCAAUACUGCAGGAGGACGUGGACGAGCAAGAAUGCACAGGUGCGACGAGGCGACUUCCUUCACUUGCUGGGACGUCUGAGCGCGAUUAUGGACUGCACGGAUCUCCGGGACCGGGUUUACGCUUAUCUAUCCCUACAAGAUCAGCCACGGGCGCUUAAUGCGGACUAUUCACUAACGGUCGACGAAGUCUUUAUGAAAACCUCGGCCGAGCUUGCGGCAGCGAGUAAGGGUCUGGACAUCUUUGCGUACACGCGGUAUCCGCCCAUCGGGUAUGGUAGCAAAGUCUUAAGGGUGACCUCGUGGGCGAUAGAGUGGCAUUUGCCCAGCACGAGGAGCGGACUGACGAGGAGCGCUGGUUCAAGUUUUAGUGCGAGCGGCGGCUUUGACUACAACCCUAUGCCCUUGGAGCGACAUGGGCUUGCGCGGGCUCUCCGUUUUUCAAAGACCGGGGAUCCCUUCACCAUGAUGAGAUACCUGGAGUGGCCAUGGAUCAUCGAGAUGACGCCGAAUCUGUGGAUUGUACGUCCGGGGCGGCACUCCACCACCGGUUAG